AUGAAAGCAAUACCUGAACAAGGAAUUGUACUGAAAUUUUUUGAAGAUUCGGGAACGAUAGAUGCGGAAGCUUGUCGUGAUGCUGAAACAGAAAUUAAAAAUUGUUCGUCGAUUGGUGAAGCAGUAAUUAUUCUCAAGCAUUUGUUCGGUUUUUGUUUGGAACAAGGAUUUAUUGCAGCUAAAGCUAUUAGUGAUAAAAGGGAAGCUGACUCACUGAUUCAAGAGCUGCAAAACGAAUCGAUUUUAAGUGACGUAAUUUUGAAUCAGGCGUUGGAGGCUUCGAAAAGGGAUGCUGGGGAGCAAAAUUGUAGCAGGGAUGUGUCGCCAUACCGCGAAAAUGAACAAGUUAGAUCAAUAGCGAAUGCAAAUCAAGUAACGCAAGAUUUACGCGAUGACUCACGUGAAGUAUCACCUCCUGCAUCAGCGCACAAGAUUCGUCGCCGUACAGCUACGCCAAGUGAACUACUCUAUCCGCUGAAGGAAUCAACGCAAGGUCAAAUUGCUGACAAAAUCCAUUUGGAGCAACUCAACGAAGAAACUCCAUGUCUGGACCAGCAAAUCGUCGAGAAAGCGCGACCACUGGAAUCUUCUGUUGAAGAAGGACGACUUUCAGAACUAGACAGUGUAACUAAUCCGGGAUUGGAAGCGAAAAAUGAAAUGACGAAAUUGAUAGAUCUGGAUUUGGAUGAUCGAGGUUCCACUGAGUCACCAUCAUCUGGUCGUGGUAGUCGAAGAAGAUCCGGCCGUAUACUACCAUAUGUUCCUCGGACACUAACAGGGUUUCGUGAUAAAGUAACAGCUUCGCGUUUACUUCUACGCACACACACCUUGGAUGGACAUACUAAAACGGUACUUUCGGUAGACGCUAAUGGUCAUGUGGUAAUCAGUGGCUCAAAAGAUAGAACAGCGAAAGUGUGGGAUUUGGAAAAAGGUGUUGAGAAAUGUACGUUUGGCCUCCAUCCGAACAAUGUAUCAUGUGUACGCUUUAUUCCCUCCAGCCAGUUAACCCUGACCUUGUCUAUGGCAUGCGUUCGUAUUUGGGACUUGAGAAAUGAAGAAUGUGUACGUACGCUACAUUCAUCAGGUCUUGCAGCUGCAGGUGACACUAUGGGUGCAAAUACACCUCGACAAACUAUGUUACCCAUCUCCGAAACGAUGAUCAAUGCGCUGGAAUUGGACAACUCGGGAAAGCUUAUGUUUACAACAUUCAACAGUGAUGUCCGUAUUUGGAAUUUAGAAAAAUUUGCACCAUUCGGUCGUUUAUCGGCAGCGACUCAUGGCUCGAGAUCAGAAGUAUCAUGUCUUGGAUUUUUGGGUGGCGUAAAACCGAAAAUCUUCACUGGCUCUCGUGAUCAUUAUGUUAAGAUGUAUGAAAUCAAUGCCGACGGACUAGGUCUUUUUGAAGCUUCGCAUGAAUUUUCUACAGCUCAUUAUGAUUGUGUUACAUCCGUUGUUGCUUACGGUGAUUCCGUAUUUUCUGCUUCUAGAGAUACGGAUAUCAUGCGCUUUUCGUUGCAAGAUAUGAAGAGGGAUCAUAUUGAAUUGCAAGCGCAUAAUAAAUGGAUCCAAUCCAUGUGCAUUCUAGAUACAUACAGACCUUUAUUAAUUACGGCUUGUAAAGAAGGUCGAGUGAAAGUGUGGGAUAUUACGAGUACUCGUAAAUUACGUCUCGUUGACCAGAUUUCCCAUGCUCACGAAGAAGCGAUCAACGAAUUGGCGACCCACUCAGGCAUCCUUUUUACUGCUUCCAGUGAUACAACUGUCGCCCUUUGGCAAUCUAAUUAUGAAUGA